AUGAACGACCAAUUUAGCGUGGUCGUGACGCAGCUCAGGAGUCGUGGAAAGGUCAAUGACUUUGAACUCGAGAGUCUGUGCAGGGAAUGCCUCUCAGAGUCCAGGAAUCUCGAGCAGAUCCUAAGCAACCUGAGAGACAACGGAAACAAGUUCAAGAAGUUCUUCGCGAUUUGGUGGGCGGAGGGCAAGAUCACAGACCUCAAAACCAAGCUUGAGAAGUAUGAAAGCCGACUAAACUUGCUCAUCAGCGUGAGAGUAAGCGACUCUGUCAAAACCAUCAAGGAACGCACCGCAGAAAUCCUGAAGUACACCCAGUUCUGCAACGGGCUGGACGAGAGGACGACUGCCAUUGAACAGAAAGUGGACGAAAAUACGAUUGCCAUUCAAAAAGGAUUCAAAGAACUGACGGCUGAUGUCGCCCCUAUUCGAGUGGACAGGUUUGUCCUUGAGCAGCUAGCAUAUGCUGGUAUGGGCUCUUGGUACAUGAGGGUUGACACAGCAUACACCCAGACCCUGGAGUGGUUGGUUGAUGAAGCCGUCAUGCCUUGCAAGGAAAACCAAACUUGGUGCGAAGAGACGCGCAAAGAGUUCGUCCAUUGGCUCAAAAAGGGCCAAGGAAUCUUUCAUAUCACAGGCAAGCCUGGCUCGGGGAAAUCAACCCUCAUGAAAUUUCUCUGCGAGUCACCGCACCCACGGAAGCAUCUGGAUGCGUGGGCUGGCCAAAAAAGUCUCGUGGUAGCGAGGUAUUUUAUUGGGAAUGGGAAGCCUCCGCCAAGCGAGCAGGACGCCAACAAUGAACACAACCGGCAGGGAUUGAUCCGUGGACUUCUCCAUUCUAUCCUCACUCGAGCACCUGAGUUCACCCCCGCCAUAUUCCCAGAGCUAUCCGAAGGCAAACUCCCGCCGCUGAGCGAUAACGGUUUCGAGAAAGCCGUGGAAAAACUCCAGCAGAAAAAUAAUAUAUACGACGACCACAAGCUCGUCAUCUUUAUCGACGGCUUGGAUGAAUUCAAGGGUGACCGCAUUCGGCUAUGCGAUAACCUCAUGGACUGGGCUUCUCAUAUGCCCGCCGACGUCAAAAUCUGCGUGUCGAGCCGCGAGGAAGUGCAGUUCGAGAAGCGGCAUCGAUUGUCCGGCACAUUCCGGCUCCAGGAUGUGAAUUACACGGACAUUUCUAGAUUCGUGCGUGGCAGAUUGAAUGGCCACACUUGCUACCGGAAUUGGAGCGACCACGAUCGGCUAGAUUUAGAAACAUGCAUCGUAAGAAAGGCAGAGGGGGUAUUCUUGUGGAGUCGGCUGAUAAUGGGAGAACUCGAGCGUGACAUUGACGGUGACGCUAGACUGGAUGACCUUAAGAGCCGGGUCAAGGAACUCCAUGGAGAGUUACCGGACCUGUUCCAGCACAUUAUAACCUCAAUCCUGAAGAGCAGAUCGAGAUAUGCAUUUGCCUUGAUGAAGAUGGUCCUUGUGGCGUCCCUUCCGUGGUCCUUGUCUCUCUUUUCCUUCUUGGAGAAGUACCUCGAGGAUCCGAAUUUCGCAUAUACUCUAAGACUUGAUACCGAAGUUGAGGGAGAGGAGAAACUCCUCGCGCGACUCGAACGAACCAAAGCGCAUAUCAAUCGCCGAUGUCGGGGGCUUCUGGAAGUAUCGCACCGUCAAGUGACCCGUAAAACAACGGUCGCGUUCGCGCAUCGAUCAAUCCCCGAAUUCCUCAUACAAGAGCCCACGUUCACUCAAUACCAGGCGUUUCCUGAUGGGUGUGAUGUACUGGAUGCGUUGAGCCAGAUACUGCUGGCCGACCUCACAUGCCGUGCCACAUACAGCAGAUUGCAGCGACGCACCUUGAAACAGUGGCGCCAGCCCGUCAUGCUAUCGCGUUCCACGCGAGAGGUCUCCUGCAAGACCACAUUGCCAUACGCGAUUGAGGAUUUCUCGUUGUAUAUCCCUUGUCAAGAAUUCUGGACCGAUGUUAGAAAUGUCCAUCAGCUUCUCAAGGCUCUGGGUAGACUAGAUCAAACUCCGCGGCGGUCGGAGAGGAUCGCCCGAUUCCUGAUUACAGUUGCUAGAGCUAUUGAACACACUCUUCCGUCUGAAUUCGACUUUCGAUUGAUCUUUUGGCGGAAACCGUCGCCAGUUCCUGUUCCGGAUCCGGUGCUCAAUCCAGGAGAGAAAGAUCCAGAGGCCAGUGUGAGUGUCGAGGUACUGUCCCAAAUCCUCGCUGCAUGCAAUGGGAUAAUAUGGCCCGAGGGUCUAGAUGUUCUCGGGCAAAAGAUUCCAUUCAACACGCUAGCCUACAACGCCAUUAUCGCAACGCAGGCAGAGGAUUCCCACUUGACGUGGGGCCUCAUCGCGACUCUCAAGACCUUUCUGUCUCGAGGUUUCUCACUAGACAGUCCUGCCGACCUCGAUGAUGCGGUAAACCUUUCACAUUGGGAAUGCUUCCUGGCCGAGGCCUUAGCUUACACACCUGACUUUCUAAAGCUUCGGCGCCUCUUUCCUCUGUUCCAUCUUUUCUUGCUAUGCGGUGGUGACCCGCGUUUGAAUUUCAAGAUCAGGCUGGAAGCGCAGUCUAGCCGUGCGCAACGUCAGAGCAACCCGUCGCGUGGUGCGCUGGGCCUUGUGGCCGGGGCGAGCGAGGAGAGCAAGGAAAACUGGUACCAUUUCCGACAACCCAAACCUGUCGCUACUUUGGGAGCGCUCCGAGAUAGGCUUCGAGACGAAUUCUCUCUUGAAGAAAUUUUCAGAUUACUGGUUCCACGGGAAGAAGCACCCACACUCCACGAACUAGUCGCCCUACGGCUGGCUGACCUUUCGCCACAAGAACAAGCAUCGAGGAUCGCAGAGCUGAAGCCACGUGUCGAACGGAUGCUCACUGUUGAGGCCAUCAAGGAGGCACUUCGUCUCUAG